AGCAUAUUCCCUCUACCUAAGAAGUGAAGAUUGAAGGUUCCAUCCAUGGCUACUACUAAACUCGGCUUUGUCACUCUCCUCCUCCUCUGCGGCAUUGUUAUGGUGGUGAAUCAUGCAAAUGCCCAACAAAUGAAAGGUUGCACUCUAGAGUGUGACAGUCGAGCAGAGUAUAUGGUGUGCCCCUAUGGGCAGGGGUCAAAGAUGAAGCAAUUCCAAGUUGCAGGCUCACUUUGUAUGAACUGUUGCGGAGCAGAGAACCUGGGCUGCAUACUCUUCGAUCAAAGUGGAACUCCCUAUUGCCAUGAGGACCGCUCGUUGCGUAGCCAAAGCAUUGUUAGGGGGGUGAAGCAUGCAAAUGCCCAAGAAACGAAAGCUUGCACUAAAGAGUGUGACGGUCGAGCAGAGUAUAUGAUCUGCCCUGGUAUGGAGGGGUCAAAGAUAAAGCAAGUUGCAGGUUCACUUUGUAUGAACUGUUGUGCAGCAGAGAGUCUGGGCUGCAUACUCUUCGAUCAAAAUGAAACUCCCUAUUGCCAUGAGGAGGAGCGCUCGUUUAUCCGUAAGAUGGUGGCCUAGAUCCAUGCAUAUAUGCGCCAAUAAAACGCAAAUAUCAAGUUUGCUCUACGUACUGUAUCUAUCUUUGAAUAAUUAGGAUCGGAUCGGAGAUUAUUAGGCGGCCUAUGUACGCCAUCUCCUUUGUUGUACUGAUCUCAGCUUUUGCAGAUGUUAAUGAAAGGAAAGUGUGGAGUUAA